AAGCCUUGAUGAUUUUCAUGAAAUUGAAAAACGAUCAAUAUUGAUACAGAUUCAGGAGCUUGUGGCAAUGGAUGGUUACAACCGUCAAGUUGGUGUUGCUUUAGCCAAUGAAUUGGCUGAUGAAUUUUCCACAACAAAAGCAAGCAACGUUGGCCUUCCUUGGGAUUUUCAUAAAAAAACCAAAGAAUUCUUUGAAGCUACCUUUCUUCUCCCGUUGUUUGAACUAGUUCUUCGAGUUUUGCAUCAGCGAUCACAAUUAUACAUCGAGAAUCAAUUAUCGCAGGCUUUCACAAAUGGGCAUGGUCAUUCAACGACAAUAAACAAUUUACAAAAUGAUUUGAGGCAUGAUACGCUUUUAGAGAUUUCGUUGAAUCUUGUAGAAAAGAUCCUAUACUGGGAUUUUACCAGUAAAAAUGAUUCUUUGUUAGCGGGUACCUUUGCAAAAGAAGGGAACGACAUAAUAGAAGACGCAUUAUUCAUCACCGCUAAAACGCGAGAGUUUCCUGCUAGUUGGAGAAGUCAUAUAAUUCAUAAUGAAAUCUUUGAAACUGAGCAGCAGAUUAUUGAAUAUAUUACUCUUAUGAUUAAAGAAAUAUCAGAAUUGAUGAGCAAUGCAACAUGUUUAAGGGAAAGUGUUGUCAUGAAAGAUGGUUAUUUGGCCGAAGAUAGUUCAUGGAGUCUAGAGGCUUUUGACGAACUGUUGGCAAUAUGGGUUAAAUUGGAUGUUCAAUCUUAUCGCAAUGGCCAGAACGAAAAUCGGUCGAUUCCUUUUCAUAAUCUUACUGCAAUUAUGACUUUUUUAGCCGAAGCAAGUUAUCAUAUCGUUGCGACUUACAUAGAUACUCGUUUGGAAGCGGCAAAAUUUACAGUCAAUGAAGAAGAAGAGGAAGAAACAAAUGGUUUUAAAGAUUGGGAUACUUAUGGUGAUCAAUUACUUAGUAUUUCCAUAUUAGCCCGUAUUGUUGGCCAGCAAACAUUGGAAAAACUCCAAGCCUUGUUGCACGAGCGUCUUAUGCAAUUAAAAUUAUUUUUUGAAUCUAUUACAGAUAAUAGCGAACAACCUUUAGUUCCCGAUUCAUUGAUGCAAUCGUCGAUUUCCCAAAAACGUUUUUUAGCGGUUUUGCAGAGACCUGAUUUUUCACAAAUAUAUCAACAAGCUGAUAUCAUUUCUGAAGUUCAAAAUGCUUUAGAGGUGAAUCUAUCACCAGAACAAACAAAAACUGUGUACCAGACAAUUGUGGAAAUGUUUAAAGCGUAUUCUGAAGCUAAUAUAGGGAAGAAACAACUUGUGGCCUCUGAGGAAGAAACUGAUGAACCAUAUGCAGAUAUAUCUAUCCUAUUAGAUAUGCUUUCUGAAAUUAUGGCAUCAGAGUUUCGAGCUAUUUCUAUUAAAUAUUUAUGUUUAUCUAUUGAUGAGAUUAAAAUUAUUAUCAAAAUCGCAGGAAUAUUACAAUCACUUGGUACAAACUUUCAUAUCCAACCAAAAUUCGCCUGA